CCGUAAGUUGUCAGAAUUGCAGAAAUUAGCAGAUUUUGCUGUUUUGUACGCCUUUAUACAUGUUCUUAAUGUGGGAUUGUUUUUCAUGGCUGUUAGAGUACACUAACACUACCUCAACUGCUGCCUUCCCAAGCAAUGUGGUAUAGGAUGGCAAAUGAACAGAGAAUGUAUGACUUGUCUGAGAGAUUGAUACGUUCCAUAAACUGCUGGCAGUCAUUCGGCUCCACCGAUGAUGAUGAUGUGGAACAACUGAUUGAGAGAGGAGCAGAUGUGAACAGGCAACACGGUACAUUACUCCCUCUCCACUGUGCGUGUAUGGUCAGCGACAGCUAUAUUCUACGACUCCUCAUUAGCAAGGGAGCAAGGGUAAAUGAUUAUGAUGGCUACGAAAGGGCAGCCAUGCAUUACGCCGCAGAGAGGGAUGUAUUCUGUGUCGAGAUGCUCCUAGAACAUGGCGCAGACAUCAACAUUGGAGACGGAAACAGUGACACACCAUUACACUGGGCCACAUUUAAAGACAAUGUCCAGUGUGUUAAACUCCUGUUACAAAGAGGGGCGAAGGUUGACCCCUUGGACUACAACAAUGAUACCCCACUGAGUUGGGCAGCUAGAAAAGGUCAUUUUGAGAUUAUAAAUAUACUUUUGCAGUAUAACGCAGAUUCAAGUAUAGAGAAUUUGCGUGGUUUAACUCCACUUGAUAAAUGCGUUCAAGUUCAAAUGAGUGGAUUGAAUACCGAAAAUGACAACAAGAGUCUGGAACUGCUCCUCAGGGCCUCCAGUAAACUUGACCUCACGGAAGAGCAAAGGGUCACAGUCAAGGGAGACAAUCGAUUGACAGAGUUAUUCUCCCCAAGAGUAGAAAUGCCCUGCUCGCUGCAGGGGCAGUGCAGAUACAGAAUAAGGAAGUCAAUGGGAUGCAGAUAUCUACCAAAUGUUAUACCAAAGUUGCCCAUUCCUCAGAGGGUGCAGGAUUACAUUGCUCUCAAAUGCUGAUGUCUUGUACUCUUUUAUUACUUUCUUUUCUUUAUCUUAUAAGGCCAGAUCAGUUCAAAUAUUUGUUAACUGAAUAUGGGCCAAAAUGAAAUGAGUGAGUGGCCUAAUAAUAAUUCCAUUUAAUCUUCCAUUUUAAAAAAAAAAAUAUGAUCCAGCACACCUGAAACGAUCUUUCCAGUAAAAUGUAAGUUUAAGGAAAAAUUGAAAGAAGGAUUUGCUUUUGAUUGUUUGGUGUUUUUUGAGCAUUUUCUGAAGAUUGAAUGUGUUCAAUCUGACAAACAAACAUCAGUUUGGUGUGGCCUUAUUUUCAUUAGCUGUUUAAGAUAUCUGUCCUACAAAUAAGUAAGAACAACAGCCAAUUGUAUAAAAGUUUAAAACUGGGUAGUUCUUGAGUUUGGUAUAUGUAAGUCAAAAUGUUAGUUGAUGGGGGAAAAACUGUCUAAUAAUUACUAUGUAGUAGGUAGCAAUCAAAUAAGUUACACAUGCAACUAGACUCAUGGAUAACUUAUUAAAGUUUUUUUGUUUUCAUAUAAAUUUUAUGCAUUUGGCUGCAAUGAUCCUAUUAUUAAUAACCAUUCUGUUGAUUAAUUUUUGCCUGGUUAUUGUUUGAAAAGGUAUUGCCUACCGAUUACUUAUAUGUAAAAUAAAUGACCAAAAAUACAUUAUAGAUAAAAUGAUAGCAGUUGUAAUUUUGUUCUUUAGUUGAAAUGUAAUCAGACAUGAAUGACCCCCCCCCCCCAAAAAAAAAAAGAAAGAAGAUAAAUGGAAAAGGCAGCUAGUCCAUGUUUUCUUGUUUCAACGGAGAUAUUUCUCUUAAAUGGAGUAAAGGGUUAGGUAGAUAUGUACUCUUGUGCCCCCUCCCCCCCCCCAAAAAAAAUAAAAUAAAAAAAUGGAAAAGGCAGCUAGUCCAUAAGGAUGUCCAUAUUUUCUUGUUUCAACAGAGAUAUUUCUCUUUAAUGGAGUAAAGGGUUAGAUAGGUAUGUAUUCUUGUGUACAGUGGUCAGAAACUGGCUCAGGGAAAAAAAUAUUUGAUAAUCAUAUUGAGAGCUGAUUUUUCCACCUUCUGUACCCUGUGUGCAGGAGUGUAUCCUAGUAUUUGUCUUAGUAACACAUGUAUGUUAAACAUUCUACACCAAAAUCAUUGUCAUCAGAAACUGUUAAUACAGGUAAAAAACAUGUAACAUUUUUAAAGUUAGAAUAUAUUUAGUUUUAUAACAUAUCUAUAUACAAGGUAUGUGUUCCUUAGCUGAAAUUAAUUAAGAACUCGGACAUUUUGUGGAGAAGAACACUUUGAAAUUAUUAAAAUUUCCAUUCAAUGUAAAUAUGUUUUUCUUGCAGCUUUGUUGAUCACCUCUCUGACAGUGUUAAGUGUAAAAGAUUUGGUCAUAAGUUGGAAAUAUUUUGACGUUUUUUUAAGGCAAUAUGGUUUGGGGGAUUUCUGGAAAUGUUUACCUUAUAUAUUUGUUAUAUUAUAUUAUAUGAUGAUACUUUUUCAAGUAAAAUUCUUAGAAUUGUAAUAAAAUGUCAUUUUAUUCUUUUUUAAAACAUUAUGGAAGGGCGGUAUGGCCAUAUUCUUGUGUCCAAACUAUGUGAAGAUCUUUGGAUAUAUGUAUGUCCAUAUAUGGCAGUUUCAAACAAAGAUGGAGGACAUGUUCUUGCCUAUACUGUCAGUUUUGUGUAUAUUUCUCUUUAGCGGGAUUAUGUCACAGAAUAUCUCCAAUGAUGCUGUGUUUCCACAUUUCAAUAUAUUGUUUAUCAUGUUCUGUUUUAUGCAGGUCAUAAAUUGAGGUAUUAUAGUGUUUUGACAUGAUCAUGAAAGUAUUUGUUCAAUGUAUGCUGUUUUAGGUAAAUACAUGGAAAUGAAUAAUCUACUUAUUGUUAUAAUUGUUUAUUAUAUUAUAUUCAUUAUUUGUAAAAUAUAGCUAUUAUUAAGUUCUGAGAGACUUAAAUUGACUUUGUCCUGCAUGCAUCAUUAUAGUAUACAUGUUUUGAGUCUACUACUACAUUGUUUUACUUGAAAUUGCAUACAUCCUUUUUUAGCUCUACUGGCCAAAUGCGUAUGCGAUGGCGCAAUAUCCGUCGUUCGUAUGUCCGUGAGUCCGUAAACAAUUUGGUUUUCAGCUAACCCAAACACCAUAAGUUCCAAAUGAACUACCAGUAUGUUGCUCAUUACCCAUACAGGCAUACUCUGGAUUGAAAAUGACAACAACAAAACACAUGCCGGUAGAGCAUUGGCCCUCUAGAGCAUUGGCCCUCGUGAGCCUCUUGUUAAUUGACUGGUCUACUUUUUCUAUCCUUUUCUUUUUCGAUGAAAAAUAGACCGGUUGAGUUGAAUACUUAAUCAUGUAUUUUUAUAGAAGAUAAGAACUAUACUUGUUUUUCUUCAUUGUUUUAUUUGUUACGGAAAUGUAUUUUAAUGAUAAUCUGUUUUUCAAUAAAGUGG